AUGUACAGACACCUUUUUCUGCACAUCAUUGGGGCAAACCUCGUGUGUAUUUUGUUGACCCUGGGGAAGUGUGAGACUGUGGCAGACACUUAUGCAAAACCUUAUGAUUGGCAUCCCUUGGGUGUACAGAGACUUCAGACCUCAAGAUGGAUAGAGCUGACAACCCGUGGCAAUGUGAGGGGUGUGGCAGCACGUGCAGAAAUACACAGGGGGCACUUGCUGAGAAGAGAGGCACCUUCUGAUGCAACAAAGCCACUGGAUGGUAAAACGAUGCAAGACCAAGAUAUACCACACCAGCCUCAUACUUCAGAUGAUCAAAGAGUGCCAAACAAGCCUAAUGUACCAAAAUACCCCAACAGACCACAUGAGGCUAGAGAACAAAAUGGUACUAGAGUGCCACAGGAGUUUAGAGUACCCACUGUGUCUCACAAACCCAAAGUUCCUGUUGCUUAUGCUCCAACACACAGGGCAAGACUUCCAAGUAAUUCUGGGUCACUACCACAACCUGUAAGUCCUACUGACAGCACCAAAACCCCAGGGCCUGGAAUACCACAUGAGAUCACUGAAUCAUAUAAUCCAAGAGUGCCAUAUCAACCGAAAAGAGUAAAAAACAUGACUGUAGCAUAUAGUUCAAGAACACCAUCCAAUUCUCCUGUGGUACACAGGGCUGCACCACAAGGUUCUCUUGCAUCAAUACAGAAAAAGUCGAGGUCUGCCCCGCAUAUUCACACAAUAUUUGGUGAGAAUGCACACAGUGGAGCAGACCACCCUCAGAGGUCCAUCGCACCGCCAGAAGAAAGUAGUCAUGGUCCAGUGAAGAAAACGUCAAGAACUGUGGCAUCUGCCUCCCAUCCUGGUCACUUCAGGGAACAUCCUAGUUUACAAGGUUCUGCCUCCUCUAAAGGGGACGCCAGUCCUGCUUCAGAAAAUCAAGAUGGAAAUAAUUUUACUGUUGAAUUGACAACCUCUUCCCCAAAACUUUCUGCUGAAGAAAAGUCUACCUACACUACUCCUAUACAGUAUACCCAAACAGUUUCACCAUUAGAGCCUAGUAAAGAAAAAAGACCUGUUUCUGUGAACAGAGAAUUGGAGAGAAAUAUUCCAGACAGUGUAAAUAAUUCUGCUGCAGAAAAGACUAGUGCCUCAUCUAAUUCUCGUGAUAAUGCUACAUUUCCGUCUGCAAAUGUGGAGACAGAGAUGCUUUCUAGUGUAACAAACAUAACAAGAAAUAUAAUGUAUCAAGUGAAGAAUCAGACAGCAAGGUCACCAACGUAUGAUCCACAAGCCACCACAGCUUUUCCUAGCAGUACAGUCACAUCUGAAUUUAAUUUAACCUAUUCUCAGGAUGCUGUCACCACUUCUACUGAGCAGACCAUAUUGUCAACUCAAAGCAUAACUCCUGAUACUGAGAUAGAUAUGAAGCCAGAAGUUUAUAGGAUAAAAACAAAUGACACGAAUAUGACAUUGCCAGUGGUUACAGCAAGGCCACCUGGAGACAAAGAGCAUUCGCCAAUUGAAAUUGAGAGUCAUGGGUCAUGUGACCCUGUCAGCCAUGAUGGUUGUGAUGUUGAGAACUAUGAACGCUGUGUGGCUAAUGCUGGCAUUCAGAUUUCUAAUUGUGAAUGUCUGCACAGUUAUAUAAGAGAUGGAAAGACAGGGAAAUGCAUUGGUGUAAGGUACAUCAAAGGAAGCAUGACAUUCUUGAAUACCUACAGGUCAGAGUUACAAGAUCCAAAGUCUUCCUACUACAAAAAUUUUUCAAGCCAGGUUGAAUAUUCUCUGAUGGAUGCAGGUAGCAGUUUGCACUCUGUACUACUGGGGGUCCAUGUGGCUGGCUACAGUGAGGGGAGCACUAAAACUGAGCUAGAGUUGGCCAUAGAUAGGGAGGUGUUGGCCACUGGCCGUGAUAUCAAGGGAGCCAUACAAACUGGUUUGAAUAUGAUGAAGCAACACUCACCAGAUGGCACUACUGUGAUAAAGGGAACAGAUUUAAUCAUAGGGUCCCAAGACAGCCCUGUUGAUAACUUUUUCAACUCUAUUACUACAUCCGAGGUUGAUGCAUGUGAAGACCCCUUAUUUAAUUACUGUGAUGUGAAUGCCCAAUGUAUCCAUGUUGAGAGUGCAUUCUCCUGCCUGUGUAAGGAAGGUUACAGUGAUGUGUCUCCUCAACCCUCACUGGUGCCAGGGGAAAAAUGUAUAUUGUCCUGUAGCUGCCUGAAUGGAGGUAUAUGUGACAAUGUGGAGGGUGAACAAAUGUGCAGGUGCAUCAAUUGGUUUGUAGGGAAGCAUUGUCAGCUAAAUGGAUAUUUAGCUUUUGUCAUUAUUCUGUGUGUGUUUUGUGGAUUUAUCCUGGUUACCUUGAUCACCUGCUGUUUGUGUGUCAUAUUUGCCAGAAAAAGUGGAAAAGCUGAAGCCAUUAAGCGCCAUCUAGCCAUGUGUGCCAGGCCUCCAUCUCAGUUGGAAUCAGCUUUUAUGUCGCUGCCUAGAGACAACAACUUGACCAUUCCUUCUAGCCAGCAACAACGCCACCUAUACCAAGGUCCCACCUCCACUGCAACCCCAUCUCAACGUAGCUGGCAAACGCCACCUCAGACACCAUCACGCUCUCCUCAGCAUCAGUCCCAGGAUUUUGGAAUCAAUGUUUCUAUCAGCAUGACUCCACCUAUGAGCCACAAAAAAUGGCCUUCUUCAGCCUCUCACACCCCAAUUCCGCCUCCCAGGAGGAAUCUGAGUAACUUUAGCCAAUCCCACCAUGCAUUGUCCAUGGUUCCAAGCCCACCUGAGUCUCCACGCAAUCCACGCAGGUUUCAGUCCAGUGAGGCAAUUAUGAUGUCUUCUUUCCCUCAAGGCUACAGUAAUAACAAAGGGGGGAUAUUGAAGACCAAAAGGUUUGUCGGGGGUUCUGAAGAGGAUAGAAUGUCAACUACAUCUGAACCUAUAAGAUGUGCUGACGAAUUGCUUCUUGAUCCUCAGGAAUACAGCAACACAAUGAAUGCCACAGAUGCCCAAGAGGGCCACAGGUAUAACACUGUGAAUAGCUUCCAGAAUCCACUUUACAAGAGGAAAGCCAAAAGCACAGAAUACAUCCUAGACACUGGACUUAGUAGAUUGUGAGUUGCUGGAUUUACUGGGCAAUGUGUUCUUCACUUGAGCAUGAGGAAUGAAAACCUCGAGGAAAAGGCCAAUAGAUCUCGUAUAUAUAAUGGAUUUGGCAGGCACUGAAAGAACAAGUUUUUCAAAUUUGACACCCGUCUGAGCAAACAAUAUAGAUACUCUCACUCAGGAAAAGAUGAAUCAAAUCUUAGGAGCCAUACUAGGCUUGUGGCCGUGAAAUUACUCUGUUAUUAAGUGAAUGCUCUACAACUGUUUAUUUCUCCAUAUGUUAACCAGACUAAAAAUUGCAAUGUAUCUCUCCUGGGCUUUUAGAAAUGCUCAUUAUGUAGACUGCAAGUGUGAAUUCCAGAUACAGAGUCCAAAGGAAAUAUCAUCCCCACAGAAUCUUGACUACAUUGCAUGCCUACUAGUAAAGUGAUUCUUAGAAGGCAAAAAAGCUUACAAUUAAAACCUUCAAAGAAGGUACGAGAAGUACACAAAGAAACAACAUUGUCUUAUACCUGGUGAUAAUUGAAAGAAUAACUGAAUUGGGUUCAGAAAGCUACUGAAAAUUAAUCUUUAUUGUGAAAUUGAAUUUGGCUAAGAUAUUUCUAGCAUAAAUCUGUAUCAAUGACCUUUCCAUUUAUUUACCAACUCCCCCAGUGGUGAGCAAUGUAAAUUAAAACAAAGAGACUCUGGCUUGGUCAUUGCAUAAUAGUCCUAAUAUUUACUUACUACUUUUAUUUAUUUAUUUAUUUAUUUAUUUAUUUAUUUAUUUAUUUAUUUAUUUAUUUGCAUAUU